AUGUCAAAUGCAAGUGCUAAAAGCCAAAGAAAAUCAUCUAAACAUGAAGAUGAUGAUAAUGCAAGUGAGGAAAGUGCUGAACAAUCUAGUGAGACUAAAGUGGAAGAUGAGACACAAGCAAGAGCUAAUUCAAAAAGUCCAAGUAGACUGCGACCGAAAUCUGGUGGUUCAAAUCGGUCUAGUUCAAGUAAGGGCAAAAGUUCACAAAAUAAAGAAGUAAAUACUAAAUCACUAAGCCCUCAAAAUGUCUCCAUACCAGCCAGCAAGGCAGAUACAUGCAGCGAAAGCAUCCUGUCGCACUCCCUUUCUGCUGCGGACUUAGCCAAGGAAGUCAGAGCUGAAAGCCCGAGGUCCAAGGUCAGCAGAUCCAGCAACAAGAGUGCAAAGAGUCAAAGAAGCAAGAAGGAGGCGGUGCAAGAGCUGACGCCAUCCUGUCUACCAAAUGCGUCUCCUAAUGAGGUCGUGAGCGACUGGCUCAACCGCAUUCCCGCCAACAUGCUGGCGCUGGGAGACGACGACGAAGACAAGUGUGCUGAAGAUACUGAAAGAGAGGCCGGCAUCAGUGACGAGGCAAAGGUCAAAGGUGAAGACGAGGAGGUGAAGACAGAAGUGAGCGAGGGAGAGAAGAAGGGAGCAAAGGAGGAAGGAGGAGCUGAGACGUUUGAGAUUCGGCAGGUUGGCAUGGUAACCGAGACCUCGCUGCCUAAAAGCUGGCACUCGUCCGCCGCUGUGAUGAAGGUGCUGCUCAGUUCGUCUCUGGGGAGGUGUCGGAGUAUGCCUGAGGUGUCUCCAGUGUACGGCCGUAGACUUAGCGCUUCAGCCAAAGAGCUACUGGACUGCCUGACCCAGCUCCAGCUCAUAGAACCAACUGGAAACCAAGGUACUCCUGUACAGAAGGACCAACACCCACAGUUUGAUGACAUAAUUUCUAUUCUUCAGUCCCUCUGGUUAGCUGAACCAAGGGACGUAGCUGACUCCAAAGACCCCAACGGUAAUGAUCAAAUCUCCCCUCCGAGGUCUUCGUCCGGGGUGGACAUGAGCAGUGGGUCUGGAGGGUCUGGGAAGGACAAUGUCAACCAGGAAGAUGAACCAAAACAAGACGAAGAGGGGGAAAAUAAAACCGAAGAGGUCUCGGAAAGUCCUGAUGAUGCAAAAAUUACAGAGGGUCCGUCGUCUUUGGAUAAAAAUUCCAAAACUCCAACUGAUAAUGAAUUAGAAACACCGGAGGAUACACAAGAAUGCUCCAGCUCGGAAAGUCCACCCACAGUUUUGCGAGCUCCCCUUACCAAGCGCCCAUCCCAGGAUCCUGAUCCAGUCUGGGUCCUCCAUCUUCUCAAAAAGCUAGAAAAACAAUUCAUAAACCACUAUGUUACUGCGAUGGCGGAUUUCAAAGUUAAAUGGGACCUAGAGGAUAGUUUGAUAUUGGACAGGAUGAUCGUGGAGCUGAGGGAUGAGGUGAGCAAGAGGAUAGAGAAAAGCGUGGAGAAAGAGAUGAAGAAGAUACAAAGCAGAGCGGGGAAAAAAGUACCCCACCCACCACUAGGGGGCAACCAGUCCACUGACUCUGUCAUGACAGAGAAACGAAGACGCCUACUCAAGGUCAUGAAAAACCGCUAUGUGAAAACAGGUGAUUCUUCGAGUGAAGGAGAGUUAACCGGCGAAAACAGUGACCAGCGCAGCGAUGACGAAUACUGCCCGUGUGAGGCGUGCAUCGCAAAGAAAAUGGCCGCCCGUCCUCCGCCCAAAACCAACCCCAACGCCAUCCAGGCCCCCUUACAUAAAGACUUUGACCUUCUCAAAAUUUUGCUCUUCAAAACGGCUCCAGUAACACCAGUGAAAACUGAAGUCAAGCAAGAAGAGGAUAAGAAAGCAGUGGAGGAUGGGAGGAAUCUGGAAGUGGUAGAGGAAGAGGAGGAAGAGACUAGUGAGGUUUUGGGUGCAAAGGAAGAGGGUGCAGAGGAGGAGGGUGUGGAGAAAGAGGAAGGUGCAAAGGAAGAGGGUGCAGAGGAGGAGGACGCAGAGGAAGGCAAGUGCCAAUGUCAGUGCAGUAAAGACCAGGAUGAAGAAGAGACUGAAGACAGCGAUCAAGAGACACCAUCCACCACCAGAGAGCGGUCCGGAGAGCGGAGAGGGGAGAACACAGCCCAGGGGAAGCCAGGGGAGGCCAGGGGUCCGGAGCUUUUCAUGUCGGGACAGAUUGUUGGAACGACUAGCGUGAGGAAGGACGACCCUGAGUAA